AUGGAAAAAGGUGGGACUAGUUCUGAGGGGGGAAAUAAAGUGGUUAGUGUUCAGGAGGGGGAGAAAAUAGGUGAGGGGGUUGAACUUCCUAAAGAAUCUCUUAAUGAGAAUGUAGUAGGGGUUGUUAAAUUUGUUGAUGAAGUUGUUGGAGGGCAGGGGGAAAAGGGUAGUGAGAUUGCUAGUUUAGUGGCUCCUAUGGACCUGGACAUCAAUAAAAGGACCCAUCUUCUCCACCACCCGGCUGUGAACUUCUCGGAGAUUGGGAGCCACCACGCAACGACGACAAUUGACGUCAGCACCGAGAGUAUUGGCAGUGCUUCAGUCACGUCGCCGGCGAAAAAAAAAACAACCGGCAAUGCAGGUAAGUCGGCAUGUAUUGCGAUUAAUAUGCUCUGA